GGGGCGGGAAUCGGACAGAGCCGGGAUCUGCGGCUUGCACGCGCGGAAAGCCUGCGUUAUCGGCGCGGGAGAGGCUUGAGAUAACGGGAAGAGAGAGAGGAGAGCCUAGCGACGGUGACCCUCCUUUCUUGGAAAAAAAUAAAAGACAAACCGGAAAAAGGGGCAAAUCCGAAAGAGGCUCAGGCAUGAUCCGAAUCUACACCUUGGAGGGAAAGGCCUUUGUAUGGAACUACACAGAUGUGCGGCGAAUCCGAGAGGAACAUCGCAUCGUCGGUGUGCUGGUGGGGGCAUUGCCUCGGAAGCCACGGCAGAAUGUGCGGCUUGGACUUCCCUUAGAGUUGCUUCCUGAAGAGGCUCGGCUGUUAUUGGAAAAGGGGUUGGCAACCUUGGUUAAGAACCCAACAUCCCAGUCCCUUGGCGAUGACAGGAGCCAGGAUCCCUUAUUCCCAGGGAAAGUGGCCGCCUACGAGAAAGAACUAGAGGAGAACUACCAGGAGCAGCUGAGACUCUCUGCAGAACAGAGGAAGAUCGUCUUGGACUCUCUUGCAGACCGUAUAGCCCAGGGCCGAGCAAAGAAAUGGCAACAGAAGGGAGAAGGAGGAGAUCCCCUUGUACAGCCUGUAGAGUCAGGUUCCAGUUUUGUACUUCCGCGAGAAUCCAUGAUGAUCCAGCUCCCCACUGAACAGACUCAGAGAACUGAGGAAGAGGAAGUAAACUGGCACGUAGCAUCCCAGCUCUGGCCUUAUGCUGGACAAGAGAACCAUGAGAUGCGCUACUGCAUUUUCCGAGACCUCUGGGAAAGAGGCUAUUAUGUCACAACUGGGAGCAAGUUCGGAGGCGACUUCCUCAUUUAUCCAGGUGACCCCAUGAGGUUCCACGCCCACUACAUCGCACUCUGUUUUUCUAAAGAUGCACCCAUCUCUCUGUGUGACAUCAUCAGCGCUGGACGCCUUGGCACCAAUGUCAAGAAGACUGUCUUGCUCUGUUCAGUGGACCAGGGGGGAACUAUAGCAUAUACAUCCUUACAGUGGAGCGGGAUGCAGUGAGAACAGGGAGGAAAGGCACAGGCCCUAGGAUUCCUAUUUCCAGCUGUGGUGAGGUCUGGAAUUGCUAGGAUAUUCUUUGACAAGAACUAUUGUCUCGUAUUCAUCAGCUCAGCAUCCUCCAGUUCCCAGAAUUCUCAGCCACCAUGAGUAAAAGUACUGGGAAUUCUGGGAGUUGUAGUUUCAAUACAUCUGAAUUGAGGAUGUUAUGCAGGUAGUCCUUGACUUACGACCAUUCGUUUAGCAACCAUUUGAAGUUACGAUGGUGCUAAAAAGUGACUUGC